CUGUAAGAGGGAGGAGGGAAGCACUAGUCACACACCGGCGCACGUUAGCGAGGCAAUGUUCCUAGAUUGAAACGGAGAAGGUGAUUAGAGGGGCGGAAAUCUCAAAGCAGACACAGUGCAACUAAUUUAUCGACCUCUUUCCUCAUUCGCUUAACUCAACUUGGCUAUUCUCUCUUCUCUAUAAGUUCCUCUCCUCCUCCAUUGUUUUUCCCUCCCAUUCUUCCAUUUCCAUUUCUUCCCAUGGAAUCCUCGCCUGCCAUUCGUUCCUUUCACUAUCCCAUGGGCACUAUGUCCCAUGUGCGAGCCUGCCUUGAGAAGCAAGCUGUACUUCCCAUCCAUAAUGCCAGAUGGAACUCUAAACGUAGGCUUUUCAUCCAGCAUUUGGCAUAUGGUCAGAAGCACAUUAAUUCCCACAUGAAGGGGAAAAGCGCACUAGUUUCAUCUGCAAAAACAGCUGAAGCUAUCAACACAUCCAAUUCUGAUGCUUCUUCAGAUAACACCCCCCAAGGCUCAUUGGAGAAAAAGCCUUUGCAAACUGCUACUUUUCCUAAUGGAUUUGAGGCUUUGGUAUUAGAGGUCUGUGAUGAGACUGAAAUUGCUGAACUGAAAGUAAAGGUUGGAGAUUUUGAAAUGCAUAUUAAGCGAAACAUUGGAGCAACAAAGGUUCCUUUGUCUAACAUUUCACCAACUACACCACCACCUAUCCCAAGUAAACCUAUGGAUGAAUCAGCACCCAAUAGCCUGCCACCAUCACCACCAAAAUCAUCUCCUGAAAAGAACAACCCAUUUGCAAAUGUUUCCAAAGAGAAAUCACCAAAAUUGGCAGCAUUGGAGGCUUCUGGGACCAAUACCUAUGUCUUAGUAACAUCUCCCACGGUUGGCUUAUUCCGAAGAGGUAGAACAGUGAAAGGGAAGAAGCAACCUCCUAUCUGUAAAGAGGGUGAUGUAAUCAAAGAAGGGCAAGUCAUAGGGUAUUUGGAUCAGUUUGGCACUGGACUUCCUAUAAGGUCUGAUGUGGCUGGAGAAGUGUUGAAGCUACUUGUUGAGGAUGGAGAGCCUGUUGGUUAUGGAGACCGUCUUAUUGCUGUCUUGCCUUCUUUUCAUGAUAUCAAGUGAGCUAGCCUUUUCCUGUUGAUGAUUAAUCAUGCGGCAUUUUUUAUUAGGGGAGCUAUUCGCAAAAGUUUUUAAUAGGUUACAAAUAAAUGUGACUAAAUAUUGGGUAAAGGAGGUUCGUUGUUGAAAAUCAUACUUUGUAUACCAAUUUCUUAAAUUGUACUGGAUAAGCUAUUCUGUGACCACCUCGUUAUGUAUCUUUAGUUGCGGAGUUUGAUUGCUAGCUUGCCUUUUUAUUAUUAUUUAUUUUCUCCCAAAAGAAUUUGUGUAUAACUUGUUUUUGAGAUUUGAAACCAGAAAUAGAAACACUGUAGUAUUAGAAUAUAUAGAAAUAUUGUAUUCUCAACAAAAUUAUGAUCUAAUAGUCAUUACUUAUCA